AGGUUAUUUUCAUGAGAAGGAAAGAAUAGUAAAUGAGAUGCAGUGGAAACAGCUACAUGACACUGUUAAAGAAAAAAAAAAAAAACCUGAAACCCAAAGUGAAAGGUGUAGAUUCAUGAAAAUACCAUACUCUUCAGUCCUACAUUUGAACUUUGUUUCAAAGUGGACUUCUUCUUUUAGAAAUAGCACAAGUUCACUAGAUCCAAUUUCUUGGUGUCAACUCACUCCUUACCCCUUAGGAGCAGAAUUCAGCCCCACUACUUUACUAAAAAGCUUCCUCUUUAAAGAAUCUACUGUGGUGCAGCACUGAAGGCAGCAUCUUUGUUUACUUUGCCCUCUCUGUGCUCUCAAGAAGUUUUGAUCUUGCCUUUUGCAAACUCUUCCUCUGAAUUCCUUGGCUUGGCAUUAGCUUAUUCAUCACCUACCUUGUCUGACACCUCUCUCUUCUUUUCAGCUUCCCCUCCCCUUUUCCAUCCCCAUCCCCUCCUCUUUACCCCUACUCCUCUUCCUGUUUCUACUUCUCCUCUACAAAAUGGAAAAAAAGAAGAAAACAGAAAACUUGGAAGUGCAUGGCUGGAAAUAUAGAUAUUUUCUUUCAACAACUUUCUUCUUUAGUUCUCCUGAUCUGUCUCCUGAUCUUUUAAUAUUUAUUUCACUAUCUUUUGUUCCCUUACACACACACACACACACACACACGUACAAAUACGAUUUUUAGCAACAUGCAGUAUUCGCAGAUGUGCACUUUACCCCCACUUAGUUUGAGGCUAAUUUGUUUUGAAGCUAAUAAAUUUUAAGUUUCAGAGCCCCUUGCUCCCACAAGCCCAUACCAAGGUUUUGGAAGGGUCCCUAGCCACGUGUUUCACAAGGUCACAUAUUUUUAUAAAAUUUGCUAAAGUAAGUUCCACUUCUAGAAUAGCAGUGUGAGAAGUUCUGUGGACCCUUAUCCCAGUAAAAAUAAGGCUAACUAGUGAGAAAAAACACAUUUCAAAUCACUGGAAAUUGUUCAGAGACAUAUAUCAAGUGAUGAACAUUUAUUCAUGAAAUUCUUUAUUCAUAGUAAGAAUUAGUGAAUAAAUAAAUAAAUAUUGUAUUUCUCACACAUAGCCAGGAUGUACAACGAAUCUCUCUGAAUCUUACUCUAUUUUACAUUUAAUGUCUAGUAUAAAUUUUUAAAUGAAAGUCCAAAAUAAAAAUUUUCCAUGGUAAACUAAAUACAAGAUUUUGUUCAUGAGGGUGGUUGAAUGUUGAUAAAUCACUGUCAUACCAAUAUUUUUUUAAUGGACUACUUUGAUAAUACUUCCGUAACUUUCUAAAAUGUCUUUCCCUCAUCUAUGUCACUGUUGACACAAAACUAGGUCAUGUUGGGGGAUUUUAUGAUUCCUCCUUCUGAAUGCAAAAUAACCUUGUGAAAGCUCUUGAUCUGCUUAGACCAGAAAUUCUAAUUCAUCCCAUCUCUUCCCCUGCAGACAAGGGAACAUGGCCUCAGAGACCCACAUGUCAGGCCCAGAGUGCCUCAUCGAGAACACUAAUGGGCGACUGUUGGUUAAUCCGAAAGCUCUGAAGAUCCUGUCUGCCAUUCAGCAGCCCGUUGUGGUGGUGGCUAUCGUGGGCCUCUACCGCACCGGUAAAUCCUACCUGAUGAACAAGCUGGCUGGGAAGAACAAGGGUUUUUCUCUGGGCUCCACAGUGCAGUCUCACACGAAGGGCAUCUGGAUGUGGUGUGUCCCUCAUCCCAAGAAGCCAGAACAUACUCUAGUUCUGCUUGAUACUGAGGGCCUGGGGGAUGUGGAGAAGGGUGACAACCAGAAUGACUCCUGGAUAUUUGCCCUAGCAAUACUCCUGAGCAGCACUUUUGUGUACAAUAGUAUGGGAACCAUCAACCAGCAGGCCAUGGACCAACUUCACUAUGUGACGGAGCUCACAGAUAGAAUCAGGGCAAAAGCUUCACCUGAUGUGGAUGGGGUUGAGGAUUCAGCUGACUUUGUGAGCUUCUUUCCAGACUUUGUAUGGACACUGAGGGAUUUCUCCCUAGACUUGGAGGCAGAUGGACAAUCCAUCACAGCAGACGAGUACCUGGAGAAUUCACUGAAGCUUAAGAAAGGUACCAGUCAAAAAGAUAAAAAUUUUAAUCUGCCUCGACUCUGUAUCCGGAAGUUCUUCCCAAAGAAGAAAUGCUUUAUCUUCGAUCGGCCCACUGAUAGGAAGAAACUGGGCCAGCUUGAGGAACUGUGUGAUGAUAAGCUGGACCCCGAAUUUGUGCAACAAGCUGCAGUCUUCUGUUCCUACAUCUUUAGAAAUUCCAAAACUAAAACCCUUUCAGGAGGCAUCAAGGUCAAUGGACCUCGUCUAGAAACCCUGGUGCAGACCUAUGUCAGUGCCAUCAAUAGUGGGGAUCUGCCCUGCAUGGAGAAUGCAGUCCUGGCCUUGUCUGAGAUCGAGAACACAGCUGCAGUGAAAAAGGCCAUUGCCCACUAUGACCAGCAGAUGGAUCAGAAGCUGCAGCUGCCCACGGAAACCCUCCAGGAGCUGCUGGACCUGCACAGGACUAUUGAGAAGGAGGCCAUUGAAGUCUUCAUGAGGAUGUCCUGGAAAGAUAUAGACCAUUUAUUUCAAAAGGAAUUAGCGGCCCAGCUAGACAAAAAGCGAGAUGACUUUUGUAAAAAGAAUCUUAAAGCAUCAUCAGAUCGUUGCUCAGCUUUACUUAAGGAUAUUUUCAGUCCUCUAGAAGAAGGUGUGAAAGAGGGGAUUUAUUCUAAACCAGGAGGCUAUCGCCUCUUCAUUGAAAAGAUACAAGAGCUGAAGAAAAAGUAUCUUCAGGAGCCCAGGAAGGGAAUACAGGCUGAAGAAAUUCUUCAGGAAUAUUUGAAGUCCAAGGAGUCUGUGACUGCUGCAAUUCUACAGACAGACCAGACUCUCUCAGAGAAGGAAAAGUUGAUUGAAGUGGAACGUGUGAAAGCUGAAUCUGCACAGGCUGCAGCAAAAAUGCUGGAGGAAAUGCAAAUAAAGAAUCAGCAGAUGAUGGAACAGAAAGAAAAGAGUUAUCAGGAACAUGUGAAACAACUGACUGAGAAGAUGGAGAGGGAUAGGGCCCAGUUGCUGGAAGAGCAAGAGAGAACUCUCUCUCUCAAACUUCAGGAACAGGGCCGACUACUACAGGAAGGAUUCCAAGAAGAGAACAGACGACUUCAUGAAGAAAUACAGAAUCUCCAGAAGAAGAUGAAAAAACCAAGGAAGCAAUGUUGCCUAAGCUAAAGAACUAAAAAUUAGAGCUUUCCUGGUCACUCGUAUCAGAGGCAUUACUCAAGCAGUUUAAAAUUAAGAAAAAUGUCACCACACUUGAUAAUAUUUAGAUUUCACAGUUUUAUUACACUAAAUAUUUGCAAAGGCAUGCAGUACUAUAAUUGAAAUCAUGUCCAUCUUCCUCACAAUACUGUAAACUGUGUAACAAGAGGCAUUUUACCUCUGUGCCAACCCAGGAGGUAUCAUAACCUGGUACCACCCAGGAGCUUCUUCUUCCAGAUGACUACGAGUUAGACAAGUGGACACUGAGCAAAGUCUUAGGUUAAAGUCUUGGGACAUAGUUGGUCAUGAGUUUGGCCAAGUGCACCACAAGUUCCAAUAUCAGGGACAACCAUUCUAGCUUCUUAGUGAAGACAGUAUACAGUGUCCCAUUGUUUCAAGACUGCACAGUCUGUCAGCAAUGAUGUGAUUCCUGGACACUGGGAAUGGGUAACACUUACUGGUGAAUUCCAAGCUAAAGCAAAUCACCUUAUAUAGCGAUCUAGAAGCUCUACAGAAUGUCUGUAGGAAGAUGGAAGAAGCCAUUAGCAUGAGUAUGAGUUGGAUCAUAAAUAAAUGGGCUAAAGAAGGAAAUUUUCCCUUCUUGCUCAGUUCACCCAGAUUAUAACUGUAAUGGGACUCUUUAGAACUUUAGGUAAGUGACCCUGGACUAAACAUAGUAACAUGAUGACAAGUAUACAUUGUGUGUUUGUAGUAAUUUAUAAUUUGCAAAGAUGAACUUGAAAUGAUGACUGACAAUAUGUUAGAAAACUGAGCUAAAUUAAUUAUUAGAUCAUUUAUAACCCUAGAGUUUAGGCUAUCUUUUCCCAAUUCUUAAGAAGCAUACUUGAAAGCCUGCUUAUUUUACCCCAAGAGAAUAUGCGUUGUUUUUUACUUUUUUUGACCAGUAAAAUAAUGCUCUUGAUAUUACUUAGUAUAGACUUUAUCACAAUUGUCAAAAGCCCUAGGUAUGUGGUUGAAGUUUCUUAAAGCAAUUAAGAAUUAUUUUCAAUCUGGAAAUAAAUUAUGCUUCAUUGAACUU